AUGGUCACUAUUUCGCGGAUAGCCAAAAAUGUCUAUGACGAACAAGUGAAACGGAAUCUAACAAAGUCGUCGGAUGAAGAGCAGCUAAUUUGGUUCCAAGGCUAUGGAUACGCCACAACAAACAACCCGGUGGAGCAGUUCAACCGUCUGAUCAAGCGUGACUACACUCUCCGGGCCAAACAUAAGAUCGGGACACUGUUUCAGCAGCUGGCGGAUUGUUGCGGACACGAGUCGGUAACUCUACGAAUCUUCAAGGAAUCCCCUGAAGUCACCUGCAGUUAA